UGAAUACCAUUUUCUUAAUAAGUCUAUUAUUAUUAUUACCUUUCACUAUAACAUGGCUUCUUCUUCAUCCACCAAAGUCUCCAUGAAACUUCUUAUCGACACAAAGAAUCAGAAAGUUCUUUUUGCCGAAGCUUCAAAAUCUGUUAUAGAUUUUCUCUUCAACUUGCUAUGCUUACCUAUUGGUACUGUUGUUAAGCUUUUAAGUGCGAAUGACAUGGUAGGCAGCUUAGGAAAUCUGUACCAGAGCGUUGAAAAUCUCAACCAGGAAUACAUGCAACCAUUUCAAACAAAAGAUGUUCUCUUAAACCCAAAAUUUCAAAGCUCUUCCACUGAAAUCUCUGGCUUCCUUACCAAGAAUGAUGACAAUGAAGACGAUGAGCAAGAACCUAAGUUAUACAUGUGCUCAAAAAAAUGUAAUUUUCAGGUGACAUAUGACAACACUACUCGAUGUCCCGGCCGUCCUGGGUAUCCUUGCGGCGGUUAUAUGAACAUUGAAGUACGAUAUUUUGGAAAUAAGAAUGUUGAGGAAAAGAAAGUUUUUUCCAAUAUCAAGAGUGGUUUUGUGAAGGAUGUUAUUACAUUUAUGGUGAUGGAUGAUUUGGUGAUUCAGCCAAUGUCAACAAUUUCAAGCAUCACACUGUUGAACAAGUUCAAUGUCAAGGACAUUGGUUCCUUGCAAGAAAAGGUGGUUAAGAUGGGGAUGGACGAGGGUAUCAAGCUGCUCAAGGCUUCACUACAAUCUAAGAUGGUCUUGACCAGUGUUUUCAUCAAGAAAACAUAAGAAGCAUCAAGUUGAUUAAGGUUUCUCUAGAAUCUAAGAUGGUGUUUACAUCCAGAAGGAAUUUUGAUUUGCGAGGAGCAAAGUGAUGGGUCUUCAAGUAUCUUCAAAAUAUUAGGAAGGAAUUUUGUUUUGAUUGCAAUGCUUUCUACUCCUACUAUAUUGUACUAUAUUAUGCUAUCAACAAAAACUAAUUAUCCUGAUUAAGUAUUUCCUCCGUCCCCAAAACUAAUUAUCCUAUUUAACU